AUGGCUGAGUACUGUAAGUUUCCUCCAAAGGAACCGAGGCUACUGACUCCUGAACAACAAGCUGCUCUGGAUGUUGUGGAGAAACCUGCGAACCGAGGAAAAAGGGCUUCUUCCAAGAAAGAAACAACCGAGGGUGAUUCAUCUAAACCUGCCAAGUCUAGGAAGCGAAAGUCUGCAAAAGAUGAUUCAUCUAAGCCAAAGAAGAUUAAGAAGAUGGCGAAGAAGUCGAAGACUCCUUCCCCUUCAGGUUCAGACCACAAUGAGGAGGAUGACAAAGAGGAAAUUCCGCAUCAUGAAUCACCGAGAGGUAACACACCUCCUCAAUCACCAACUCCAACCCAUCCUCUUAAUGAUAAGAUUCCAUCACCUCCUCUAUCUCCAUCAAAAACAACUGUUCCACUUUUAGUUGCUCCUACUCCACCACCUACCACAUCACAGACAACAGCUCCACCACCUGUUAGUACAAUCCCAGUUUCUAUAACUCCUUUACCACCUCCCAUUAUUUCCCAUGCGACUACCACUACUACAACCCAAUCGACAGUAAACGUCAACGUAUCUGAUACGGGGGCGAAUAUUGAGACCGUACCUCCAGUUACUUCUAAACCCCUUUCCCCAACUCCUUCUAGUGAUUCUAAUCCAAUUCUUGGAGGAGCUAAAUUUGAGUUUGAUUCUACUUACUAUAGUCCCUACCGAAUUCCCAGUGAGGAAGAUGAAUAUGCUCCGACAACCAAGAAGCAAAUCGAUAGUAUUCACGAAACGCUUGAUUUACUGAUCGAUUCGACAAAGAAGUAUAACGAUGUUGCUCUUAAAUCAUUCAUGGAUACAUCCCUGCAUUAA